CGGUGUGGUCUUCACGGAGUUAGUAGCGGUGCGUGACUCUUUUGUUAUAUGAGAAUGGAGUGGUCCAAGGAAGAUCAAAUAAAACUGAUAGAUUUGUAUAAACAACAAACAGUGAUAUGGGACCCAAACAAUGUUAAUCAUUUCAACAAAAUUAGAAAACAAGACGCGUGGGAAGAAAUCGGGGCCGAAAUGGACAGAGAUGUGGACGAAUGUAAGAAGAAAAUGGAGAGUUUGCUAUCAGCAUUAAGAAGGGAGAGGAAGAAAAUGAAAGACACUGCUGGAACUGGAAAAGGAACUGACGAAAUGUACAGAAGUUCCUGGUUCGCUUUCGAAAGUCUACGUUUCUUGCUGGACAAAAAUAAACCAAGAAAGACAAUUUCGACCAUGCGAGUAGAAAGCGAAGAGAGAGACGUAGAAUGUGGUGCAGUUGGAGAAUCAGCACAGGAAACUGUACCGAAAAAGAAGAAGCAGCGAGUCGAAGAUGCACGUCUGGACAAAGCCUUUCAUAUAUUGUCGUCCACCGCGAGUCAGCUUAACGAUGAGUGCCAACAUUUUGGAAAUUUGGUCGCAUCUAAGUUGAGACAGUACAACGUUGAUACUAGAUGUACAAUUGAAAAUGACAUUAUGGGUAUUUUCCUUCGCGCUAACAGGGGUUUCUACAAUAACACUCAGAAUUUUAUACAACCACACUAUCCAUGUCAUUUUCCAUCGGACAACUCUGUCAUGCAGUCAAACACUGUAUUGUCCAACCCUACAACCCCGUGUCCUUCAGCAGGAUCACCUACCUUGACGUCUGAUGAUGAUGAUUUCAUUAUUCACGAUCUCUUAUAAAAUAUUUUUGUUUUAAUUACAGUGCUCCUAAUGAUCUGUAACACAG